AGGCUGAAUCCUAAUACCUGCUUCUGAAUUCAGGAAUACAGGCAUACUGUAACCCUUGACACUGGUGCCAGCAUGCCUCUUGUGGGCUUGGGGACAUGGAUGUCGGAAAAAGGCAAGGUAGCAGAGGCUGUGAAAACCGCUAUCUCUGCAGGCUACAGACACAUAGACGGAGCCUACUGUUACCUGAACGAGGAUGAGGUGGGGGAAGGCAUUCACGCCAUGAUUGACCAAGGAAUUGUGAGGAGAGAGGAGCUAUUCAUCGUUAGUAAGCUUUGGUGUACAUUCCAUCAGAAAUCUAUGGUAAAAGGAGCCUGUCAGAAGACUCUGAGGGAUCUCAAACUAGACUACCUGGACCUCUACUUGAUGCACUUCCCCACUGGCUUUCAGCCUGGUGAGGAAAUAUUUCCACUUGGUGAAGACGGACUUGUAAUCGCAGAUGACAGCAACUUCCUGGAUACUUGGGAGGCCAUGGAGAAACUAGUGGAUGCUGGUCUUGUCAAGGCUAUCGGUAUCUCCAAUUUUAACAAAGACCAGAUUGAAUCCAUCUUGAACAAGCCUGGCCUCAAGUACAAACCUGCCAACCACCAGAUUGAAUGCCACCCCUAUCUGACCCAGGAGAAGCUGAUCAACUACUGUCACUCUAAAGGCAUCUCAGUGACAGCUUACAGUCCCCUGGGCUCCCCAACCAGACCAUGGGCAGAACCCGGUGAGCCAUCUCUGCUAGAGGAACCAAAGAUAAAGGCCAUUGCUGAUAAACACCAUAAGAGCACAGCACAGGUCCUUAUCCGCUUCCAGAUCCAGAGAAAUGUGAAUGUGAUUCCAAAGUCGGUUACACCUUCCCGGAUCAAGGAAAAUUUCAAGGUGUUUGACUUUGAGCUAAGCGACGAAGACAUGAAAGUCAUCUUGAGUUUCAACAGAAACUGGAGAGGAUUCAGUUUGGAAUGGGGCAUCAAGCACAAAGACUUUCCUCUGCACACUGAGUACUGAGAUCUGUGUGGAGCUGGAGCUGAACACUAAAAGGACAUUGACCUGACAUCCACAUUCCACUGAGUAUCUGUCUUUCUCUUUGACAGACACCAGGUGCAUACUAAAAAUAGUUAAUUCAUUUUUGAGAGAUAUAAACAUCUGCUAUAUCAUCAUGGGAAGUAAUAUACUUUCUGGAGGUUAACAGAACAUCUAUGGAUAAAUUGACUGUGCUAUUUAAUGUCAUUUUUGUAUUCAUUUUGUGAUAUUUGUAAAUGUACAUUUUCGGAAAGCAGAGUUCCUUAGACAGGUUUCUAGGUAUACUUCACAGAGCACUGAUUUAACAUUUUAUAAAUUAUAUAGUAACAUAUGCCUGAUAAAGCGUGUUGAUGUUCUGCACUGUAUUUUGGACAUAUUAAAACAAGAUUCUCAUCAUGAGAAAGAAACUGGUUUAGUGACUGUGCUGAUUAUAUUGAUCUUCAUGUGUACUGUGAAGUACAACAGUACCCCCAAUGACAAAAGAGCUUUAUUGGUUUGAAAGAAAAUGUUGCAUAAAGUAUUUAAUAACAGUAUUAAUGUGCAGUUUAUGGUCCUAAUGUGUCCUUUGUACAGAUCUUAUCUACAUUCUAAAGUGUAAUAUUAGUCAUGUGCACAGGAUUGCAGAUGUGGUUGCGUGUACAUUGAGAAUCUUAUGCCAUCCUGAUUGUUUUCAAACAGAUUUCAUUACAAAUGUAAACUGAUGGGAUCAGGAUGAAGGUAAUUUAUAAAAUAUUUAUACCCCUCCCUUUGCAAAUUUGCUGGGACUAUUGCUGGCUGAGGGACUGGGGUAAUUGG